AAAAUAACAAAAGACACAUGUAUGCAUGAUUGUAAUGGAAGAGGUACCUGCAAUGACGGACUGUGUCAUUGUGACACUGGCUUCGGUGGAGGGGACUGUUCGGUUGAUUUGUCCAUUCCCCCUGUUCUUGUCGACCACAGCGAGGGAGGUACAUGUGACCUAGCUACGGGCAGGUGUGCAGAGAUGGCGGUGUUGGGUGACAUCUUUAGUGGUGAAGAAACUUCAAAAUGUCAAAUGAAGAAAUAUGUGGUAACACGGGAUGGAAACUUGGCCGCUCCAGUCAGUACAACACUAAGGGCAGUGUUCGAGAGUAUUAGUGAGGUGACAUGCACAACGCCAGACCCCGGAGAUGACGACGUUGUCACGGCUUACAAUAUGUCAGUGUCUCAAGAUGGUCGCGCCUACAGUAAUGAGUUGCGGUUCCUUGUGUACGACUCGACAUGCGUCACCGUCGACACGGACACUAUGGAAUGGAGAGUACAGGGCGGAUACUGCACACAUAAAGGGAAAUGUGUACGUGAAGGUGAAAUCAGAGGAGACGACCCCUGCUUCAUCUGUCAUGCCAACGAGCACGGGGGGUACUGGAUGAAUACGUAUGGCGGUGAUGAUUGCACGCCCAUCAUGGACAAUGGUGGGACAACCUGGGGAAGAAGGAUGUCCAUCUUAAUGUGGCUUCUUGGCGCUUCACCACCUGUCAUCAUCUAUUACCUAUAG